AUAAUGAUUUGAUAUGUUGGAACCAACAACAGCAACAAACGCAAAUCAAUUUCAUACGCAAUCAACAACAUCAGCUAAUAAUAGUCUAUCACCUAGAACGGAUAUUCAUCGAAAUCAUUGCAAUGAUGAUAAUGAUGAUGAUGAUGAUGAUUACCAAUACCAACAACAACAACAACAAUUACAAUCGAUGAUAACAUCAGAAGCAACAACAAUGUUUACAACUACUCAUCAUCUCGAUGGUGAUUAAUAAUGAUGAUGAUGAUGAUGAUCAAUUCUAUCAUGAUCUAUUAACCAUGGAAACAUUGUUGCCAUGUUCAUCAUCAUCAUCAUCGACAACAACAACCACAACAUCAUCAUAUACACCUAAAAAUAUUGAUUCGAUAGCUCCGACAACCACUAUAAUUCAAUCAUCGCAAAUAGAAUUGACUUCAAAUUCAAAUGAAAAUGUAAAAACAUUUCUUUUGCCAAUAAUAGAUCAACAACAAGAGCAAAAACAACAAUCAGAACAACAACAAUUGCAUAUUAAUGGUAAUGAUGAUGAUAGCUCCAAUGUGAUUGCUACCAAUGCUGAUGAUGAUGCUUUUUUCUCGUCAUUAGAUCAAUAUGUUGUCCAUGAUAAUGAUGCAAUUAGUAAUAAUAAUAACAAUCUAUUAGAAUCACCAACAUCUGAAACUCUUAUUAUGAUUGAACCAAUUAAUAAUCAACAAAUACGUCGACCAGAUGAUGAUAAUGAAGAGAAUGAUGAUGAUGAUGAAUCAUAUGCACCGAAAACAAAAAUAAUGAAAUCUUCACCAUUAAUAACGGAAUCUUCAUCACCAUCAUCAUUAAUGAUGAUCGAUAAUGAUGAUGUAAAUAAUCAAAUUUCAGAUAUGACAACGACAACGUUAAUGUCUGGACAGCCAUCAUUUGACUAUAUGCUAAUGGAUUAUGAUGUCGAAAACAAUAAUAAUGGUGGUGGCAAUGAUGAUACCAAUGAUGAUUCGAACGCUAAUAUUAAUGAUGAAGAAGUGGAUUUUCUUAAAAAUCUCGAAGUAUCAGAUGAAGAUCAGGAUACUAAAAAUGUUGUUGAUCAGCUGUUUAUGACCACAAAUUCGAUGGAAAAUUCAGAGCACCAACAAUCUACAACAGCUGACUUGAAAGCCGUUCUUGAUACAACAACUCAAGUAGCAGCAGAUCAUGUGGAAAUUGAAAAAACUUGGUUGAAAUCUGACCAAAUUGAUUGUCCACAGAAUAAGACAAUUCAAACAGAUUCGAAUGAAUCGUUAUCAGCACAUAUGACUGCACAGACAACAAUGUCGCCGAUGAAAGAAACUUCGGUAACAACAAAAUCAAACAAAAUUAAAAUUGAACAAUCAGACAACAAUAAAAAUUCAUCAGGAAUUCAGUCAAUCAUAUCAUCAUCAUCACCAUCAUCUAUGAGCGAAAAUUUGACGAAUUCCACCGACAAUCAUAAACCGUCUGAAAUUGGUAACAACAGCGGUAACCAUAAACAAUCAUUUGCCAAUAAACAGCAACAAAUCAAUUCAUCAUCAACAACAAUGCUGACGACGACGACGACAACAAACACUUCAUCAACAACUUCAUCAUCAUCAUCAUCAUCUACAACCCAAGCAUCGAAUUAUUUAUCACAAGAUCAUGAUGAAAUACCAAGACAUACAUUAUGUCCAUUGUGUGAUAAUACACGAUCAUUUUGUUCUAGUUCAUCUGUAACGAGACAUAUACGUUCCGUACAUAAAUUUUCCGAUUUAAUGGAUGCAAAAUAUUGUUAUUGUUUAUUAUGUCAACAAUUUCAAGAAGAUGUACAUUCAUAUUUUCGUCAUCUGGAACUAGUGCAUCAAUUUGAUUUGGAUAAAAUUUUUCAUUAUUAUUCACUAAACGAACAUUUACAUCAAUUGAAGAAUUUCAACAUUGGAAAGAUAAAGAAUUGGAACCACAAACAGGUUGCCAUUAUGAAAGAUGUUUUAGCCAUGAUUUUCCACGAAGUAUCUAUUAUAAAUGUUCUGGUAUUCAAUUGCAGACACAAGAAUUGGAUGAUCAUACAAAACAACAACAACAACAAACGCAACAACAAGCAAUCAUAUUGA